ACUGUUUGACACGCUUUCCAACACUAGGCAAGAAAAUGUCACGUCGAAGAAACAGAAGCGACGACAAAAGACACAAAUAAAAAAGCUUAUUUUGCGCAAGAUUUAUAAUUAAAGCAAACGCAAGGAUAUGCGAUUAAAGAUUUAGGAUGUGUAGUUAAAUUAUAUUAAAUUACAGAGUUAUAUUGGCAAAGUAAACGGUAUACAAGCAACGAGAGCCCCGACGACUACGCAGUUUUUGGGAGAGUAGAGUGCAUUCUAGUGCAAGAAGUGAAAAAUACACGCGCGCGUACAGCAAAACGCACACUCUGUAAACAGGCUAACCACCAUCCCCGCAGCAGCCGACGAGUCAGCAAUUUGUGCCACACACACAAAAAGAACAACCAGCAGGCAGAAGCAGCAGCAGCAGCCACAGCCAGCAUUAACAACAACAUCAUCAUCACAUUAGUAGCUUCCAUCAGAAAAUGAAUCGCACGGAUGGCUUGGUCAGGCGCACCGUGAAGUACCGCGAGAACGGUGCGGAGGGUGCAGCUGGUGGGUUGAAUGCCAAUACACCUGACGACAAUCAAGAUCCAAAUGACAGCGGCAAGGAUCAGGAGGAUAACAUCGACGAUGGUGACUCCAAGGAGACGCGGCUAACGCUUAUGGAGGAGGUCCUGCUGUUGGGUCUCAAGGAUAAAGAGGGUUACACAUCGUUCUGGAAUGACUGCAUAUCAAGCGGAUUGCGGGGCUGCAUUCUCAUAGAACUUGGCAUCCGAGGACGUGUGAUGAUUGAAAAGUCUGGCAUGCGGCGACGUGGCCUAUGUACAAGAAAAUUGAUACUGAAAUCUGAUCAGGCGACGGGUGAUGUUCUUUUGGAUGAGGCGUUGAAACACAUUAAGGAAACAGAUCCACCAGAGACGGUCCAGAGUUGGAUUGAAUAUCUCAGCGGUGAAACUUGGAAUCCAUUGAAAUUACGCUACCAGCUAAAGAAUGUACGCGAACGUCUGGCCAAGAACCUGGUGGAGAAGGGUGUUCUGACAACGGAAAAGCAAAACUUUCUGCUAUUCGAUAUGACGACACAUCCGCUCAACGAUAAUGUUGUUAAAUGUCGUCUGGUUAAGAAGAUACAAGAUUCAGUGUUGUCUAAAUGGGUGAAUGAUCCACAGCGCAUGGAUAAGCGUAUGCUGGCGCUAAUCUUUCUGGCGCAUGCCAGCGAUGUCAUUGAGAAUGCCUUUGCGCCGCUCAACGAUGAUGACUACGAGGUGGCCAUGAAGCGUGUACGAGAGCUGUUGGAUCUUGAUUUUGAAACGGAGGCGGCCAAGCCGAAUGCGAAUGAGAUACUUUGGGCGGUCUUUAUGGCGUUUACGAAAUAGGAUGUGGGACACCACUCCUCUCAACAGCACACACACACACAAGAAAAACACAGACCCACACACACACACACACACAGAUCUGGAAUACAUUUUGCUGCUUUUUGUUUAAGAAACGAAACUUUUGCUGUGACUGGGACUCCUCCAUUCAGUUUCAAUCAAUAUCAAUAUAUAUGUUAUACUUUAAGCAACCCCCCAGAAGAAGAGCAGCCAUAAAAGAUAUACCAUCUAUAUAUAAACGAUAUAAAGAAGCUGCAAAAUUCGAAACAGUAUCCAAUCAACAGAUCCUUUCACCUUUCGGUUAAAUAUUUCUUUUACGUAUUCAACAAUUAUUCCGAAUAAACGAAACGAUAUGCUAGCCAAUA